GAGGAUACUAGUGAACAUCAAGAACAACAAUUUUAUGCCAAAACGCUCCGUCUAACAUCAGACCAGCUGAAAAGCCUUAACCUAAAGAAGGGAGCCAACACUAUGACAUUUUCUGUUGCUACCUUUUAUCAAGGCAAGGCUACAUGCGUAGCAAAAUUGUUCUUUUGGGAUAAUGAUACACAUAUUGUUGUUUCUGAUAUCGAUGGAACUAUUACGAA